AUGUUUUGGCUCAAAGGCCUAACAAAGGGGUCUGUUUCUCCGCACCACUCACCGCAGACUGGCUGGGAGAGGGCGGAGGACUUCGAGAGGUCAGUCUGCAACGUGAGGUACAGUCGCAGGCCCCUGCUCCGGGGGCCUGCCAACCUGUCGGGCGCCAUUCCCACUACACAAGACGGCAAAUUCAUCCCCGAGCCCAUUAGUCCAAUGGCCGGGCAAUCCUUGGAGGUGCCGGAUGGCAUGGAAGACCCAGGUUCCCCCGUGUCUCAGUCUGGGGGCAUUCCGACCUCGAAAUCACAGCGGAGCAUCAUAGCAGGCGCUAGUGAAAGAGAUGACCGAACGGACGUUCACGGGAAUAAGAUCACAAAGGGAUCAAAAACAUAUAGGUGCAGCUUUAGAGACGAAGUCGAGCAAGAGCCGAUCCACGACAUCAAAGAAGUCCAGUCCUUCAAACAGCCCGGGCUAGGCCAGCAACUUCAAGACAGUGACAAUAAG